UGGUGAAAUAUCUCUAAAUUUUUAGCGACUGAUUGACAUUUGAUGGAUUGAUUGUUGGGUGGCCCCACCUGCCCAAACAGGAGAAGUGUUUUUGUACUGGCUAGGGACCGAGCCAAGGUUAUUCAUGAUCGAACCCGAGAUAGCCAAAGACCUCUUCUCAAACAGGACUGGUUUAUACGUCAAACAGAAGAUAUAUGGACCCUUCGAUCAUGGCCUUGUUCGGCAAGGGAUUCUUCUGACCGAAGGCUCAGAUUGGCAAAGGCAUAGGAAGGUGGUUAGCCCUGCCUUCAACCUUGACAAGCUCAAGGUGAUGGCAAAGAGAAUGGGAGCAUGCACUCAGUCCAUGGUUGAUGGGUGGAAAGAUCAGGUGGUUCAAGCCAAUGGGCAGUCUAAAGAAAUAGAAAUGAAAAGAGAAUUUCAAGCGCUGGCUGCAGAUAUCAUUGCAAGUACUGCUUUCAGUGCUAGUUCCUCUGUUGGGAAGGAAAUCUUUGAAGCACAGAAGGAGCUUUUCCAGAGAACUGCUAUGAUUGAUUUUGUCAUCCCUGGUGGCCAAUAUCUUCCUACAAGGUGGAAUUUAGAUACAUGGAAACUCGAAAGAAAAUUGAGAAAUAGGCUCAAGAGCAUCAUUGAAGAGAGGUUGAAUUCCAAGGAUCGAAAUGGCUCUGAUUCUGGCUAUGGUGAAGAUCUGCUUGGGAUUAUGUUGGGAAUAUCUGAAUCAAGCAAGAAGCAAGAGGACCUGAAGCUGAGUAUGGAUGAGAUCAUGGAUGAAUGCAAGACAUUCUUCUUCGCAGGCCAUGAGACCACUGCCAAUUUACUAACAUGGACAAUGUACUUACUGAGUUUAUACAAGGAAUGGCAAGAGAGGCUUAGAGAAGCAGUGAUGAAGGAAUGUGGGAUGGAAAUCCCGGUGUUUUUCUGUCUAAUGAACAUUGAAUUUGAUAAAGGCAUUGCCUGUGAAGUGAAUAUGUUUCUCUUAGAAGCUUUGAGGCUCUACUGCCCAGCAAUCGAAUUGUACAGGACGACUACCAAAGAUACCAAGUUGGGUGAUUUGAUGAUACCGAAGAACACAACGGUGGUGAUUCCAAUGGUCAUGAUUCACCGGAACAAGAAGUAUUGGGGCAAGGAUGCAGAUGAGUUGAAUCCAUUGAGAUUGGCGGACGGGGUCUCCAGAGCAGCAAGCCAUCCAAAUGCUUUCUUGGCAUUCUCGACAGGUCCAAGAGCAUGUAUCGGGCAAAAUUUCACGAUGCUAGAAGCUAAGACAGUCGUUGCCAUGAUCCUUCAAAGGUUCUCCCUCUCUCUCUCUCUCUCUCAUGAGUUUAAGCAUGCGCCCAUGAAUGAGCUUACUCUACAGCCACAGUUUGGCCUUCCCAUUCUUCUCAGCAUGGCUCAUUGAGUCCUGACUCGGGAUGAACUCAUUG